CAUUGACAAACACGUGUUGUCAACAAAAAAAUAUGAGUGGAAAUACGGUUACUUUUGAAGGUUGUAAUUACUUUAGACAGCGAUUAAUUUUAUCAACUCUUAGCGGGAAAACAUUAAGAAUCAAGAAAAUUAGAUCGAAAGACGAUGAUCCAGGUUUAAAAGAUUUUGAAGCAAGUUUUAUUCGCCUUAUUGACAAACUGACAAAUGGCUCUAACAUUAUUGUAAAUGAAACAGGUACAAGUAUUUUAUACCAGCCAGGAUUAUUGGUAGGAGGUAAAAUAGAGCAUGAUUGUAAUAUACAGCGCAGCAUAGGCUAUUACCUGGAAGGUUUAAUAUGCUUAGCUCCUUUUACAAAGAAACCAAUUGAAGCAGUUUUAAAAGGAGUCACCAAUGACCAAAUUGAUCCAUCAGUUGAUAUGAUCAAAUUAUCUACUUUUCCAGUACUGAAAAGAUUUUUGGGCACAGAUGAGGGUUUAGAACUAAAGAUCGUAAGGAGGGGAGCUGCCCCAGAGGGAGGUGGGGAGGUGACCUUCACUUGUCCUUGUCGACAGAAACUACGACCCUUACUGUUCACAGACCCAGGAAAGAUCAAAAGAAUAAGAGGCAUAGCCUGGGCUGUGAGAGUCGCACCUGUUGUGACAAACCGAAUAGUGGACUCUGCCAGGAGCAUACUGAAUAAGUUUAUACCAGAUAUCUACAUAUACACUGACCAUUACAAAGGGGGCCAGUCAGGAAAAUCCCCUGGCUUUGGUUUGACAUUAGUGGCAGAGACAACUAAUGGAGUAUUUCUUUGUGCAGAAACCUCCUCAAAUCCUAAAGGAUCAGAAAAAGGACCCUCUGUUCCAGAGGAUAUUGGGAAAGAGGCUGCAAAACUACUUCUAGAGGAAAUAUAUAAGGGGGGAUGUGUUGAUUCCACCAAUCAAAGCAUGACUGCAUUAUUUAUGGUCCUAGGUCAACAGAAUGUCUCCAAAGUUCAGACAGGUUCCCUAACACCAUACACAAUCCAGUUUUUGAGGCACAUCUAUGAUUUCUUUGAUGUGAUGUUCAAAGUGGAACCACAGCAGAUUCCUGAGGAGGAGGAAUUAAGGAUGGGAGGAGAGAAACUCCUCAUGACUUGUGUGGGAGUGGGCUACUCAAAUGUCAGCAAAGCUGUCAGCUGAUGAUUCUCAUGUGCAUAGAUAUUUAUAACUGAGUACCGGUACCCACAAUUUUAUUUCGAGCAAGAAACUUGUUCUCAGAUGUAUUCCAAGAAGCCAACCAGCCUGACUGGAAGUGAUUCAAGGCAACGUUUAUAACCCUAUAUAGGAAAAAAGAUUUUAUUCUGACAUUUUGUUUCAUCAAAAUCUUUUAUGUCUUAUAUAUAUUGCACAUAAGUGUGAAUGCUAAGAGGUCAGUUUCUCUUACAUGUAAGAAGUGUACAUGUAUUUACUUUCUAGGUUCAGAGAAAAAAUAAAAUGUGUUGCAAAAUAAUGUUUAUGCAUACUGUAUGAGGGUGUAAAAUAAUGAGAAUGUAAACUUAAAUA